AUGAUUUUCUUGCAGGCUGACGUCCUGGUGAACACAACCGGGACUGAUGUCAACCUCCUGGCUGGAACCGUCUCCUACACCUUUCUGGAGGCAGGAGGGAAGAGGCUGCAGGAGGAGCUGACCAGAGCAUGUCCUUCUGGACUGAAAGUCGGCGGCGUAGCUGAGACCACGGGAGGGAAACUACAGUGCCAGAAGGUGUUCCACGUUGUGUUAAAGCAGUGGAUGAAUAAUAAAGACACAGCUGAAUCGAUCCUGAGGAAUGUCGUCACCCAGUGUCUGCAAAAAGCGUCCGAGGAAGGCUUCCAGAGCAUUGCCUUCCCUGCUCUUGGCUCCGGCUUUCACAGGUUCCCUGGAAAUAGGUCAGCUGACAUUAUGAUCACAGCAGCUGAUAUGUUCUUGAAAACUGGUUCUUCUCUUACCUCAGUCACAAUUGUCCUUCACCCAUCGAACGAUAUAUUAAGAAAGGAAUUUGAAGCAAGAAGCAAUGGAUGUCAGGUGACACAUGCCAACACAUUACUUAAGGAGGUUGCCCUAGCAAGCACAACUCGAGACACCAAAAGUCUGACGAUCAGGUUUAUUCUGGGGUUUCUUGCUCAGACCAAGGCUGAUGCCCUGGUCAACACAACCCAGGCUGACCUGAAUCUGUCCGUUGGUGCCGUGUCUGGAUCUCUCCUUGAAGCUGGAGGUCGGGUGCUCCAAGACGAGUGCAGACAGCAGUACCCAUCGGGUGUAAAGGCAGGGACAGUUGUACUGACACGAGGUGGGAAGCUUGCAUGCAAGAAAGUAUUCCAUGUCGUUCUAGAAGAGUGGGCACAGAAGAACAAGAAAACACUGGAGAACCUUGCAUCAAUAGUAACAAAAUGUUUAGAAGAGGCAUCAAAGCAGAGCUUCAAAUCAAUCGGCUUUCCAAUUCUGGGAACUGGUUAUGCUGGAUAUCCCCCUGAAACGUCAGCCACAGUCAUGAUGUCAGCAUUCAAGAAUUUCAUAGACAACCAUCUAAACACCUCCCUGGAAACUGUAUCUGUUGUUGUUCAUCCGAAGGACGAAAGCCUAAGAAAGAUUGUAGAAGCACACGUUAGCAAGAUCGAAGAACAAAGUGAUUCAUCAACGAAUGCAUCGAUCGGUGGCUUAAUAAGAACGUUUGUCUGCUCAUUUCUCUGGAGAGCAUUUAUGCCAGCCAUCUCCUUCACAAUGUCACACUCACACAGCGGAUCGCUCUUUGCUGGAUAUCCAGUCGAAACGUCCACACUUGUCACUGGAGAAAAGGAAGCUUUGGAAGGAAGUGAGGUCAGGUAUUUUGAUCUGACAAACAGUCCCAUCAAUGGCAAGACGCCAGAGUACAAUCACUACAGAGAGGUCGAGUCUCAGUUCUUCAGUUUCUUAUCUAAAGACAAUGUCAACAGACACACGUUCAGUUUGACAAAAGUGGAAUAUGUGGUGAAUCCUACACUUUUCAAGAGAUUCAGAGCAGCACAAAGACGAAUGGCUAAAAAGCAAUCUGGAUUUGAAAAACCCGUUCUUGGUUUCCACGGAACUGAAGAAUCCAGCAUUAAAAGUAUCUGCAAUGAAGGAUUUCGGCAACCAGACCACCCCAAGUUCGAAAAAGCCACUGACGUUGGAUGGUACGGUAAUGGCAUCUACUUCAGUAAAUACCCAAGGUUUUCCAUGAAUUAUAUGAAGAGGUCUUGCAAGCUGUUACUUUGCAAAGUUCUUCAAGGAAAGAUCUUCAAAUGUGAGGAAAUGAAUUUGGGCGCGCCUAAGGAGCCAGGAUACGACUCCCACGUUGACCCGUUUGGCAAAGAAAUUGUCAUCUAUGAGGAUGACUGCAUCCUCCCCUGCUACAUUGUGCACUUCGACAUCUCAGGGAGGUUUAAGCACUCAGAAGAUAGGGCAUCGCCACAGGAUGAUGAUCACACUCUUAGUCAGUAUAUGAAAGAAAUGGGCAUGCAUAAAGGAGAAAAGUUUCCAGGAUCCUGAAUGCGUAUCCAUCAUAUCGAUGGAGACUUCCGUGAAGUUGACCACAACCUUGCAAAAGAAGGAUAGCAUAGCAUACUCGUGUCCUCCUUAUUUCAAGCUAUUCCCAUGCGCAUUUUGUGGCACAUGUUACAUACUUAUCAUAACUCGUUAAAGAAUCGAGCUUUCUGAUUGGCCAGAUGACCAUCUCGUUAAAAUCCCAUACAAGUCAGCUGGCCGGCCUUUACGGACAUCAUGACGUCAUGAGGUUUGAUGUGACCACACUCGCUUGUCAAUUCACAAUUUGAUCUUAUUUGUUCUUCGAAAUUUCAUGUUGAGAGUCCUCAGGCGGUAUCAAGAUAGAUUUUAUUGUCACUCCAAAAAGAUUAAUCAAACCUUACCCUUUGGAAUGUGUUCGCCAUGAUAAGCGACGAAUUGUCACUGCACUGUAUCAUUAUCAUGUGUUUCUGAAUCAUUAUCAGAUAGUGAUGAUAUAUAUAUAUAGCAAGUGUUCGCGGUUGCUUAUACACUGAGUUAUGUUUGAGAAUGGCUUGUUUAUUGUACAUGAAAUCCCCUUCGAUAAAUAUGGCGUCUGUGGAGGUCAGAGGUCAAAGUUGACCUUGAUUACGUCUUACUAGAACAUUACGAGGCAUUGUUUUAUAUCUAGGGAUUAAGAUUACCUUGUGUAUUUUCUCGGUAUA